CAAAUCUGUAAUUACAAACAGUACAAAUACCAUAUAUGUCGGUACCAACUGGGCCCGUGCAGGAGACUGAUCGCUUCGAUCUGUACAUGCCAAUCGAAGCGUAUGACCAGGAGAAUCGAGACCUUCUUCUCGACGAGAAGGUGACCCAAUAUAUUCCUUUUCUGCAUACACUUGCCAAAGACAACGAUGCCUUCAGCAGGCGCAGAUGCACUCAUCGGUCGCAGUGUUUGGCUGGGGAGGGCGCCUUCUUCGAUGUUGUUCACAGGGAAAGUGGGGAGUAUAUGGCGUCAUCUGGGUUCCGCGAGAUGCAUCUGGAUGAGAAAUGGGCUGAGUGGGGAAUCAUAGUAAGUAGUAAGUGGCAGAGAAAGGGUGUAUGUGAUGAAGUGUACGAGGGAUGCAUUGCCUGGGCCAGGAGUAAGGGUUUAGACAAGGUCACUGCGAGCACGUGGCCAAUCAAUAAGGGUAUGCUCGCUUUUUUUGACAAGAAGGGAUGGAAAGUAGUGGGUAGACACUCGAAUGAUUAUGGAGACUGGGUGAAUCUAGAAAUCAAACUCUAGAUGAACUUAAUAUGCUCAGCACUGCUUAGCAGAACCCUCAUACUUUAUCGUGAUCGAUAUUACUACUCUUCAACAAAAAUUAAAAAGAAUUGUGAAUGGUUUACUAUUUGAGCAUCAUAGUUGAACACGGUUAAGCAUUUAUUCUCAAUGCCACAGAUUUAUACGUAGUCGGAAUCUCGUUUAUGACCUCCGGAGAGUUCCUAACCCCUUGCAAUUAAAUGAUCGCGUUAAUCAUCACUGAUGCAGAUUGAUUUCUCAGCCUAUCACAUCAACAGCUCACCCUUUACGCUCAAGCCUCCAUAUAUGGUUCAUAAUAGCACUGCGAUAUUCGAUACUAUCGCUGCGAGAAACAAUGAGGAAAUUAGCGACUCUCCCGGAUGUAGCGCUAGACUAGCGCAGAGUUUGUUGGCGCACUGGAUGUGUGGGAGGAGCAUGUAUUAAUAUUAUUUGCCGGGUGUAUUGUACUAUAUGGCUUAUACUAGUUUUACCACCACUGCAUGGGACCCUGACAAUAUGCACAUUGGUCUUCGCCGUCCAUCUGUAUGUGGCAAAGUCUACUGUGUUAGUAGCUGAUGCAAUCACCUGUCAUUCAGAUUUCUAGUUUACCCUCAAUGAUAGGUCACAC